AUGAAAAUAGGUACUGAAAUGGAAUGUAAUCAAAUGGUUGAUAAUUUUGCUGUCCUUAUACCAUGCUCAAAUCAACUGUCAAGCCG